AUGGCCAUAUCAUCCUCACCACACAAUUCUGUUACUCAGAAUAAUAACACAACAAAUCCGCCUUCCAUCGCCAACCUCCAAAACAGCAUCAUAUUCCCCACCCUGUGGUAUCGAUUGCACGUUCUAUUGUACGACCUACAGCACUUCAACCAGCGGCCUGACUCCCGCGAGCGUCUUGAGACUGUGACCGAUGUCUCCUACAUUGGGCCUCCAUACUUCAACGUCGACGAAGCUACCGCGAUCAAGAACACCGUUGUUCAUGGCAAGACACUUGCCCACAUCAUCGAGCAAGAGCUCCAGGAGCGCCUCGAACGACGCAGCAAGAAGCGGGUCGAUAGCGGGGACUUUCGAGUUUGCGCUGCUCAUGACCUUGCCCCUAUUCUGGCCGCUGCGCUUGGUACGAAUCUGAGGCAACUGGACAGGGACAAGCGCUUCGCUUUGUUGAUUAGCUCUCGGGGGUUGGACCUUGGCGACGAGAAAUGGGAAGGGCUGGCGGCAAAGUCAUUUGCGCCGAAGAACAAGAGGGAAAGAUAA